CAUAAAUUCUGCAGGUAGCAAGCACAGUGGCCAUGGAGAACAAUCUUGCAGAGAGGUUGCUACCAGCUACCGAAGUACAAGAAAACACCACUAAUCUGAGGACGAAGGUCUUGAAUGAAUCAAAGACCAUCUGGAGAAUCGCUUUCCCCGGAGUAAUCGCCAGAGUCACGGCUUUCGGUCUCAUCAUCGUCACUCAGUCCUUCCUGGGCCAUGUCAGUGAUAUCCAACUCGCUACCUUCGCCUUAGUCCAAAUCAUUUUCCUACGCUUCAUCAAUGGAAUCCUCAUCGGCAUGUCAAGUGCGACCGAAACAUUAUGCGGCCAAGCGUACGGCGCCGGACACUACCACAUGAUGGGAAUUUACUUGCAGAGGUCUUGGAUUGUUGACGGUGUAGUGGCGACACUGGCAGUUCCGUUCUUCGUAUUUGCCAGACAAAUCUUGAGACUUCUGGGUGAGGAGGAAGAGAUAGCAGUGGCGGCAGGGCCGAUCUCGCUCUGGUUCAUACCCUUCCUCUACAACUUUGUCUUCGCACUGACAAUCCAAAUCACAGUGGCCAUGGAGAACAAUCUUGCAGAGAGGUUGCUACUAACUACCAAAGAACAAGAAAACACCACUAAUCUGAGGACGAAGGUCUUGAAUGAAUCAAAGACCAUCUGGAGAAUCGCUUUCCCCGGAAUAAUCGCCAGAGUCACUUCUUUCGGUCUCAUCAUCGUCACUCAGUCCUUCCUGGGUCAUGUCAGUGAUAUCCAACUCGCUACCUUCGCCUUAGUCCAAAGCAUUUUCCUACGCUUCAUCAAUGGAAUCCUCAUCGGCAUGUCAAGUGCGACCGAAACAUUAUGCGGCCAAGCAUACGGCGCCGGACACUACCACAUGAUGGGAAUUUACUUGCAGAGGUCUUGGAUUGUUGACGGUGUAGUGGCGACACUGGCAGUUCCGUUCUUCGUAUUUGCCAGACAAAUCUUGAGACUUCUGGGUGAGGAGGAAGAGAUAGCAGUGGCGGCAGGGCCGAUCUCGCUCUGGUUCAUACCCUUCCUCUACAACUUUGUCUUCGCACUGACAAUCCAAAUGUACUUGCAAGCGCAGAUGAAGAACAUGAUCAUUGGCUGGCUCUGCGCUGCUUCCUUCCUGCCUCAUCUGUUGCUCUCAUGGAUUUUUGUUUACAAGCUUGACUGGGGAGUCAACGGAGCAAUGGCCGCCUUGAAUAUCUCUGGUUGGUCAACGGUCAUCGGCGAGUUCGUGUACAUAUUUGGAGGGUGGUGUCGGAAUACAUGGAAAGGGUUCAGUAAAGCUGCCUUCCAAGACAUUGUCCCUGUGAUCAAGCUCUCCUUGUCCUCUGGUAUCAUGUUGUGCUUGGAACUGUGGUACAACUCUAUUUUGGUGUUGCUGGCUGGAUAUAUGAAGAAUGCAACCGUUGCCAUCUCUGCUUUAUCCAUUUGCCUCAAUAUCAAUGCAUGGGAAUUCAUGAUUUGCCUUGGCUUCUUGGCUGCUGCAUGCGUAAGGGUAGCAAAUGAGCUGGGGAAGGGAAAUGCUGAGGCUGUGAAAUUCUCUAUAAAAACCAUUUUGAGUACUACGACUUUUAUUGGACUGUUCUUCUUUGUUCUGUGUUUGGUAUUUGGACGCCAAAUUUCCUACCUGUUUUCAAGUAGUGAGGAAGUUGCAGAAUCUGUGUCCAGCCUUUCAAAUCUCCUUGCGAUCAACAUAUUGUUCAAUAGUAUUCAGCCAGUCCUCUCAGGCAAGUUCUCCAAUUCUCUUAAAAUAUGCAGUAGUCUCCCCUCAAUACACAAGCAAUGGCCCUGAGCAUGAACUUUGAGCUUAGAAACAAUUGAGCUCUUAGGCUUAAGACAUGAACCACUAGAUCAAGGUGGUCAAUCCCUGCUUAUAUGUACAAACUUGAACCAUGGUAAUUGUUUUGAGCCUGGUGUUUUGAAAUCCGAAUAGUAAAAUAACGAUCAUCGG